AUGACGUCGAUAGGCACAGGUUACGACCUCGCCAACUCCAUCUUCUCGCCCGACGGCCGCAACUUCCAGGUCGAGUAUGCCGUCAAGGCGGUCGAGAACGGCGGCACGUCCAUCGGCAUCCGGUGCAAGGACGGCGUCGUGCUGGCCGUCGAGAAGGUCGUCACGUCCAAGCUGCUCAAGCAGGGCGCCAACAAGCGCAUCGCCACCGUAGACAGGCAUUUGGGAGUUGUAUACUCGGGUAUGAUCCCCGACGGGCGCCACUUCAUAGACCGGGCGCGCGACGAGUCGCGGUCGUGGCGCGACACGUUCAAGACGCCGAUCCCGACGGCGGACCUGGCGAGCCGGAUGGGCGGGUACAUGCAGGCGUACACGCUGUACCAGUCGGUGCGGCCGUUUGGCAUCACGGCGAUUGUGGGCGGGUUCGACAGCGAGCUGGAGGCGGCCGUGGACGGCGUGGUGGGCAGCGGGCCCAGCGUGGGGGCGGGUGGCAAGGCCGCCGGCAAGAAGUACGGCGGGCCCUUCCUGUACAUGAUCGAGCCGUCGGGCCUGUACUGGGGCUACUACGGCGCCGCGACGGGCAAGGGCCGGCAGGCGGCCAAGGCGGAGCUCGAGAAGCUGGACUUGGGCUCGGGCGCGCUCAGCCUGCUCGACGCCGUCAAGGAGGCCGCGCGCAUCAUCUACGUCGCCCACGACGACAACAAGGACAAGGAGUUCGAGCUCGAGAUGAGCUGGAUCAGCGGCGCCGACGGCCCCACAAAGGGGCUACACCAGGAGGUCCCCAAGGCCCUCCGCGAGGAGGCCGAGCGGCUGGCCAAGAAGUCGCUCGAGGACGAGGAUGACGACGACGAAAAGAAGGAGGACGAUAAGAUGCAGGAAUAG